GAAGUGAGGACGGCGCGCGGGGGCAGAAGCGAUCGUUCGGGUGGGGAAAUCAUGUGAUUGAGGGUUAAAGGGAAGCGGCUGCUGUCAUCUGUGGUAUUUUUGUGAGGAAUUCCGGAAGAAGCGGGCGGCCUCUUGGACGCUGGGGAACUUUGACAGUACAUCUGAUCACUUUUUUUCCAAAAGUUUCUAACCAUGGCUGACGACCUGAAAAGGUUUCUGUACAAAAAAUUACCAAGUGUUGAAGGUCUUCAUGCUAUUUUAGUGUCAGACAGAGAUGGUGUGCCUGUUAUCAAAGUUGCCAAUGAUAAUGCUCCAGAGCAUGCACUUAGACCUGGUUUCUUGUCCACCUUUGCACUUGCAACAGACCAGGGCAGCAAACUAGGGCUUUCAAAAAACAAGAGUAUCAUCUGUUACUACAACACAUACCAGGUGGUCCAGUUCAAUCGGUUACCUUUGGUAGUAAGCUUCAUUGCUAGCAGCAAUGCCAAUACCGGAUUGAUCGUCAGCUUAGAGAAAGAGCUUGCUCCCUUGUUUGAAGAGUUGAGGCAGGUUGUAGAGGUUUCUUAACCUGAUGGUGUCAUCAAAGUGCGGCAUCUCUUCACUACCCAAUGGGACAUAAAGAUUCAAUAAUUCUCAGCCUACAAAACAACAAAUGUUUGAGAGGAAAUAUCACUUCCCCCAUUGUACUAAAUAUUUAAGAUUAAAUUUGUACAUAGUGCUGAACUGGAAAUGAGAUACUAGUGUCUUGUAGAUAGACUCUUUGGCCAUGUAUUUUGUAUUGUGCAGUACUGGAGAGACCAGCAAAUGGCUCCAGUGGAGCCCUUACUAAGGAUCAGGUUUAACAGAGUUGACCGGUAUCCGCAUACUGUCGGUCCAGAUAAGUGACCCACAGCUCCCUUGCUGUACAGGAAAUGAAGUAUUGAAAUAGGGUUUACCCUCUCACUAGCCACCACUACACAGUGGGGAAGUAGAAUUAAUUUUCAUUGUCUUCAUAGGGUUUACCCUCUCACUAGCCACCACUACACAGUGGGGAAGUAGAAUUAAUUUUCAUUGUCUUCAUUGCUUCUUUGCAUGUGCUAGGAAAAAGAGAAAAUAUGCUGGCAGUCCUAGCAGUACAAUCAAUAACUAGUCCAUAUUUUUUUAUUUUUGUGACGCUUCGGUAAAGGAAUACUACUAAUCUGAAUGUGUGAGCUUCCUUGGUAUAGGAGAAGGAUGCUGCUAUUUCUAUAUAAGUUACAGCUUCAAGCGUUUUCCUUAUUACUGGGUACAAGUGCCCAAUCAGUGUUGCACUUUCUUGUAUUUCUUUUGUACAGUGUAGGUGUGAUACCCAUGUUUUGUCUUUUGUUCUGGUAUUUGUGGCUAUGUUAGUGGUAACACUUGAUCUCAUCUAUUUUUAGGUUUUCCUAAGUAGAUGUCGAAAUAAAACAAUAUUUUUAAAAAUGUUGUAACCUGAUCCAUUUUAUAACUGUCCUAAAAUAUUGCUGGUAAACCUGCUUUUCCAUGCAGAUAACUGUCUUCCUUGUUGCUUUAUAAAUGUACAACUUGGAUAAUUUGUGGGCUGAAAAAUAAGGUGUGGAUCUCAUCUAGAGCUCAUCGUUUUUG